UGGAUAACACGUGUCGAGGCGGCAUGGCGGCAGCUGAUGGCGAAGUGGAGAGUGUCGGAGGCUGGUGCUGCGUCUUUUCACCUGGUUCGGCGCAGUGCCUUGCUUCAGUGGCGGGUGAUGGCCGUAUACGGGUGUGGGACACGCAGGGCGGCGGUCUGAAGCACGAAUAUGUGCCUUCGUCGCACCUUAGCGCCACUUGCAGUUGCCUGUCAUGGGCUGUCCCGCGGCGCCUCCGCCAGGAGGUUCCUCAGAAGAAAAAAAGGAGAUCAGAAAAAGUGGAAGCCAACAAUGAAGUGGAUCUAUUGGCUAUUGGCACAGCAGUCGGAAGCAUCUUGUUAUACAGUUUAGUUAGAGGAGAACUACAGAGGAAGUUGAGUGGUGGACACGACAGCAAAGUAAAUUGUGUACGAUGGCAUCAAGAAAAUGAUUGUCUCUACAGCUGCUCAGAUGACAAGCAUAUAGUGGAAUGGAGUGUGCCAACAGGAAAAGUGAAAUGCAAAUGGAAAGCCGAGAAAGGUAGCGUUACUCACCUUUGUUUGAGCCCUGAUGGAAAGAUGUUGCUAUCAGCAGGCCGCGGCAUCACGUUAUGGAACCUGGAGACCAAAGAAGUAUAUAGGAAAUUUACAGGUCACGCAACAGCAAUAUCGUCACUUACAUUUGCAACAGUACAACCAUCUAAUGAUAGCCAGCCAUCUGAUGGAAUAACUGGCCUAUAUUUCCUCUCUGGAGCUGUGCAUGAUCGACUGCUUAAUGUUUGGCAAAUGCGACAAGAUGGGAAGGAUAAGAAUGCAGUGCUGUCCUUCAUACUAACAGAUGAGCCUGUGUAUGUGGAUCUGGCUACUUCAGGUGACAGAGAAGAUCCAGUGAAGUUAGCAGUUGUAUGCCAGGAUGGACAGAUGCACUUGUUUGAACACAUCUUAAAUGGCCACUGUAAAAAGCCCCUUUUGCCAACGUGCACUUUGCAGAUUGCGACGUCGGGGAAAGGAAAUGAAGUGAAACCUGUUCCAAUCCUGGCAGCCACCUUCUGUUCAGAUAGUCAGUCAGUGUUGAUAGCAUAUAACAAUCUGCUCCAUCCUAUCAUAGAGAGAUUGACAUUGAAUACCAAGGAAUCUCAUAUUUGUCUGGUGAGAGAUACUCAGAUGACCGUGUCACUUUCAGUGGAGGAUUCUGUCAGCAAAAUCAAAACACCGAUUGUAACAGCUAAAUCUAAAGUGUUAGUGCCUGGUAUUCCAGGCCAUGAUGCAAGUAUAAAGUCCACAUUGAUGGAAUCGAGAAAGACUGAAGCUAAAAGGAAAAACAUGGAAAAUGAGUGCAGUAUUGAGGAGCGACUGUCUGUUAUGGAUAUCCAGGCAAAGAAGAGUAAAGGACAUUUUCCACAGUCCGACAACUAUGCGGUGUUGCUUGUACAGGGACUAGAAAGCAAUGAUUCAUCAAUUAUAAAUAAAGUGCUCCAGAUUAAUAAGGAUUCCUUGAUAAAGCCCACUAUUGCCAGGUUACCUGUUACUGCAAUAGUUCCACUGCUUCAGGAGAUCACCAAACGAUUGCAAGCUCAUCCUCACGGUGCUGUUUUAAUGGUCCAGUGGCUAAAGGCGGUCUUCAUCCAACACGCCUCCUUUCUGUCUUCGUUGCCUGAUCUUGUGCCACAACUUGGAGCUUUAUACCAGCUGAUGGAGAAUAGAGUGAAAAACCUGCCUAAGCUCUCUCGUCUACAUGGCAAACUUUUCCUUCUCAGCGCACAGAUUGCAGCAGCCCAGCGUAUGCAGGAUGUAAGCUCUGUGAACCAAACUGCAAAAGUUGUUUAUGCAGAAGAAUCAUCGGAAGAUGAAAACUCAGAAGAAAACUCAGAAGUCGAGUUGAUGGAAGACCAGGAAUCUGAUGUAAACUGGGAUGAGGAGGAGGAGGAAGAUGAGGAAGAAGAGAGUGCGGCCAACUCAAAAAUGCAAAUUGAUAAAGAAGUUAGUGAAGAUUCUGGAGAGGACUUGCACACAGAUAAUGAAAGUGAAGAGGAAUAAAAUCAUUUUUUUAAAGGAAAAUUGACUAUAUCGAUACACUUGGGUCAAUGAAUUUGCCCCAGGCACCUGAAUAUAUUUUUAUUCCACCCAGAAACUCUUUAGUUUGGCAAUUAGAUGACAGACGGCUAUCAAGAAUUCAUCUGGAACUGUCUGUGCACAAUGGACUCCAAGGAAUCUGUGACUGUUUUGGUGGUGCACAGCUCACAAUUGUAUAUUUCUGCAACCAUGUUUCUAUUGCAGGUCAUUUUUUUCCUGACAUUUCUAUUUGGAGUGGUUACCACAGCCAGUAAUGUGGUAGUAACUCAUGGCCAUUUCAAAAGGGGUGGGUGGUUGGACAGGCAUCCAGUCAUCAAAUCCAUGACUACUGCUGUUGCAUUUUAACCUGAUGUGGGGUACAUAGUUCAGGUUUCUUCUGGAUAGUUUGGUUCAGAUCAGCUACUUUCAGGUUGGUAUGUUACAGGUAUGUAGUCAUUGACAGAAUUAUGCAUAUUUGACUAUAAAUCAAUAUUUACAGCUAUAGUGCUGUUUUCUCCUUUGUAUAGUGAAUAAACACGAUUCUCCUUU